UAACAAAGUAUAAAACCUCUUUUUCUUCUUCUAUCGCUCUCUUCACUUUACAAAGGAAACCCUUUCUGAAUAACUUGCCAUGUCUCUGAAAAUGUAUCAAAUUUUGGUGUCUGUUCUGCUGUUUACAGCUUCUGUUUCAAGUGUUCUUGGAGCGCCCUUUCUGACAGAAGAAUCAGCAAAUCAAUUCAUACGGCUCAAACGACACAUCCCGUAUUCUCCGAGCUACUGGGACUCAAGCAGCAGCCAGAACACGUGGGGAUACAAACGUGUGGCUGAACAGGUUAGUGAAUCAUGGGCAGCUCUGAGAGAAACAGCACAAUACUACAUGGACUUGGACCCUUUUGCCUUCGAUCCCUCGACAGCCGUCAACAACAUCAGAUCCUACAUGGAGCUACUACAGCGGUCUGGGACUCACCUCCAGCAACAAGCUAUUAAAUCCUACACAUCUUGUAUCUGGCCAUGUUAGGAUAUGGCAUGUUAUGUAUUUGCCAUUAUGUAUUGAUAAGAUGACUUUAUCUCAUCCCACUUGGGUCUAAACCCAAAAUUAAUACAGUAAUUCUCUGCAUAAAUACUGCAUAUUUUAUAUUCAUAAGUAGAACUGAGACAUUGGUCAUGGCAAAUUGAAUAAGAAGUUGAAGAAAACCAACUGUGAAAUUUUAGCAGGUUUGGUUUAAAAAUGCCUAGUGUUUCCAGGUAAAACAUUCCUUUGACUAAACGAUUGAAGAUGUACAUUUCUGCUUCUGUGACUGAAAACCACAUUUUUACUGCUCAGGAUUUUCCUUUAGCUACAUUUUUGAGAGGCAAAUAAGAAAUGAAAAUCAGUCACUUUGGAUGAGUGAGAGAAGUAGAGCACAUUUGCUUCAGGUAUACUUCUGUGGUUCAAUGCAUUUCCAUUUAUUCAAGUACUAGUAGUGUUGUAGUACACAUCCAUUCAUGUCAACGCUUCUCUUUCCUCAUUUAAUCUUCUGUACUUGGUCUUGAGUGCCAAAACCCACUGAACUCACAGCUACUACUAUGAGAUGUUUUUUCUAACUCCACAGCUAUUGGAAAUGGUGGAAACAUUCACGGCUCCUUUUCUAAAAAGCAAAUGGUGGUGACAAAUGUUCUUUAUGCCAUGUUCUUGAGCUUGGAAGUUUUCUGUUCAUUAAAACAGUUCAUUAAUGUACUUUAUUUCAGAACAUCUUUGAAGAGAGGAUUAGGCUUCUGUGUUUCUUUUGUAUGUUAUUAAUAUAAUGUUAACAAUUAAAAGCUUUUUCAAACUUG